UCGUUAAUGCUAUUCCUCUUUUGUCUCUUCUUCCAUCCUUUUGUACUUUUAUGAGACGAAUUGAUAUUACACAUUGCCCCGCCCGAAACUGAAGUUGGCGAUCUAAUUAACGCUAGCGAUAACGGCAGAUCUAGAUCAAAAAGACUUAAGAAGCCUUUACUCCAGCCUUUCUCCUCCGUAGAAACCACCCUACAGCAGACUGACCGGAAUUUUUAUUCAUUCAAAAUUCAAAAAUUACCGUCGUCACAAUGGCCAAACGUAUCCGUUUGGGAAUUCUCACACCGUCGUCCAACACAAGCUUAGAGCCAUUGACGCAGGCAAUCAUUUCGCAAUUACCGAAUGUUACCGUUCACUUCUCCCGUUUCACUGUGCUGAAGAUCAGCCUAGAGAAAGAUGCCCUUCUGCAAUUCCAAACUGAUAAGAUUGUUGAGGCAGCCACCUUGUUAGCCGAUGCGAACGUGGACAUGAUCGGAUGGAGUGGGACAUCAUCCGGCUGGUUAGGUUUUCAAGCAGACGAGGCUCUGUGUGUAGCCAUCACAGCUGCCACCGGUAUUCCGGCGACAACGUCUGUACUCGCAUUGAACCGUGCCGUGAAAGCACUUGGCAUCAAGGAGCUCGGGUUGGUAACGCCGUAUCAAGACGACGUACAAAGGGCGAUCAUCCAAACAUAUGCUACAAUAAAUGUCGACUGCAGCAAAGAGAAACACCUAGGCCUCGUUACGAAUGCGUCCUUCUCCGAGGUCACAUGUGCCGUGUUGGACGAAAUGGUAGCUAGCGUUGCUACCAGGGACGUCAAGGCAAUCUCGACGUUUUGCACAAACUUGUAUGCAGCACAACGAAUUGCCCAUUGGGAGGAUAAACACAAUAUUAUCGUGUUGGAUACCGUUGUUACAGUGAUCUGGGACAUGCUGUGCGGUUGCGGCGUUGACAGCAGCGGUGUUAAAGGAUGGGGCCGGCUUCUAGCCGAGGGACCGCGAUUGUGUGAGACAUCGAUAGGGAAUUAAACCGUUAGUAAUGGAUUAUUGUGCAAUGAUAUUGUAAAUUCGCAUUUGGAUUGCAACUUAGGCGCCGAACCAGCACUGUACUAUUGGCAUAGAUCGGUAUGCGUUUAC